UGCUCAUUUAAAAACUUAACAUUUUUUGAUUCAUUCAGAAUAUUGGUAAAUAGUAAACAUAUAUCCUACUGUGUAGGAACCUUUUAGAGCGGAAAGGAAAUGUGUGUCUUGUUUUCAGGAAAUCGAUGAAACUUUUGUGCGUCAGUAUUUUGCGUUCGUGUGGAAACAACCAUAGAUUGUCUGGGACUGUAUGGAAAUUUAACACGUCUGUGAUCCUUGGUCUUACAGUAUUGUGAUGUUUACGGGGCAUAAUCUUUACCGACGUCGUCGCGUGAUUGUUAACUGCAGCAAGAAACAUUACAAACACCUCUGAACAGCAGUUCUGUGGCUAACUUGUCUUGCAGUAACGCUAGCUAGCAAAGCAGCUACAGUUUUCCAAUAACUUUAUGAUCAUGUUGGGACUUUUAUCGCCCCACACAUACCCUCGUUAUGUACAAAUAUUUUGCAGAUCAUUUAAACCCACAACGAUACACAGAUGUCAAUCAUUCUCAAUUAGCUGUCAGUCUGAGGAGUAUAUCAGGAGAUUUAUUUCCGAGAACACAGAGAUAGUUGGAGAACAGAGCCUGACUCCAGAGGUGAAACUGAGACUGUUCACCCAAAACUGCAGAUUUUGGCGUGAAAGGCCAGAGCUCUGGCCUUUCGAUGACCCUUACUGGGCUAUAUAUUGGCCAGGAGGACAGGCACUCUCAAGGUAUCUUUUGGACAACCCUGGCGUGUGUCGGGAUAAGACAGUUCUGGAUCUGGGGAGCGGCUGUGGAGCCUCAGCCAUUGCUGCAAAACUAUGUGGUGCUGCUCAUGUAGUUGCCAAUGACAUUGACACUGUUGCAGUCGUUGCAACUCAAAUGAACUUUGAGCUGAACGGCCUGGAGCCACCUGUUUGUCUCACAAACAACAUGAUUGGUGCACAAGCUAAGGGGUUUGACCUGAUCCUCCUGGGUGACAUGUUCUAUGAUGAGGCUCUAGCCAGCAGCCUUCACAGCUGGUUGCAGUACUGCAUCAAAACCCAUGGCACUAAAGUCCUGAUCGGAGACCCUGGAAGAGCCCAGUUUGUGGAACAUGACAUCCGACAAUUCCUGCGUCAGCUGGCUCAGUUUGACCUGCCGGAGUCCGUCAAAGACGAGAACUACGGUCUGACCAGCAGCAGUGUUUGGUGCUACUGUCCUGAACUCUGAGGAGCGGAGACGAUCCUGUGUCCUUUUCUGUUUGAAUGUAAUUAAUAUGUCACAUGAACUCACCUCCAAAGGACUAUGUGAGGUGUUUUAAAUAUUUUGUAGUUAUUUUUCUUUUCUAUUUCUUGCAGUUUUUACAUAAACUUAUGUACAAAGUAAAGUCUCUACAGAACAAAGUGUAGGAAUGAGUAGCCAAUAUGGGGCCUAAAAUGUUUAAUAUUAAAUGCAUGCAUGUAAUUAUGAAAUGAAGAAUCACAUAAUGAAGUGCUGUAUUUAUUUUUCAUAUCAUGUUGACUUUGGGUCUCCAUCAUGUGACCUGGUAUUUUUUGUGGGACACUCACAAAAAUGUUCCUUUCUGCUGUUAGUUCCUUUAACAGAAAUCUUCACCCUUGUUCCAGAACAAAGAAGCUGUGCAGCAUUUAAUAUAUUAUAUAAGAUGUUAGUAACCAUCUCCUUCUCUAAGUGGGAAAAGAUCUGAGAUCUGUGAAGCCCUUCAAGAGAGAGCAGUAAUGUAUUGACAAACAGCACAAUGGGAAAUCUGCAAUAUUCUUAAGAGAAACCAGUCAUUUUAACCAAAAUAAGCAUUUUUUUGAAAGUCAUUAUGCUUGUGUUCCCCCACUGUGGCAGUAAUACAAAAUGUCCUCAUUUUUUCUUCAUAACUAAAACUGCUGCUCAGAAUAGAAAUCACAUCAGUGUUUGAAGCUUGUAAAAUGACAGCCCCCAGUCCUUCACAGGGUGUGAGAUCCACCCAUGUGAAAGUUCGCCAAAAGCAAAAAAGCUGUCACGA